CCCCUCUCCUGUAAGGGUCGCUAUCGUGACAGCGAACCCAAUAGGGGUGAUGUCGACGACGCUUUGGGCAACUUCUCACUCACACUCGUCGAUACACUGGACUCGCUUGUGAUAUUUGGCAAUUACAGUGAGUUUGAGCGGUCGGUGGCGCGAGUGAUACGAGACGUGCAGUUCGACACGGAUGUAGUGGUGUCUGUGUUCGAGACCAACAUCCGAAUGGUCGGCGGUCUCAUCAGCGCUCACAUACUCGCUGAGUAUCUCCAGGAAAAGCAUCACAUAAUGGGCUGGUAUUCGAGUCAACUGUUAGAGUUGGCCAAAGAUCUCGGCUAUCGAUUGUUGCCCGCCUUCAACACAACCACUGGUAUACCUCAUCCAAGGAUUAAUCUAAGACAUGGUCUCAAAUCGUCAAACUUGGGCUUCGCUCGCGAGACCUGUACCUCAUGUGCCGGGACUAUGAUCUUAGAGUUCGCCGCCUUAAGUAGACUCACAGGCGAUCCCAUAUUUGAGUCCGACUUAGUCGGUAACGUAAUCAAUAUCCAUACGGGAGACUGGAUUCGGCGAGAGUCGGGCGUCGGCGCCGGUAUUGACUCGUAUUACGAGUACUGUUUGAAAGCAUACAUACUAUUAGGCGAUGAGAGCUAUUUGGAGCGCUUUAACCGCCACUACGCGGGUGUCAUG